GCACCCGACAUCGAAGGGUUCCCACGAGACAACACCGUCGAUUCCUUCACCGUCUUUGCUCUGCCGCUGGAGAAGUUCCCAGCGCACGCAGACCCACCCAGCGAAAGCAAGAAGCAACUUGCUAAGCACCCACAAUCAUCCCAGCAGUGAGCGAUGGGCAGAGUCUUUCUUGGCAUGCCGGGACCAUGGGCUGAUGACAAUCGUGAGGCAUCCGACCAUUAUACGGCGAAGAUCGGUGGACUGCCCGACUGGCCUUCUCCAUUAAUGGACUGGGGAUCAGAUUUUCUCAAGUGCAGCAUAUGUGGAAAUAAACUUUGUCUCGUCGGACAGGUUCCUGCUCCCAUAACCAGUGGAAAUUUGAAAGUUGGAGACCGUGUGCUUUACAUCUUUGCUUGCAUAGCUCCGAAAUGUGGGAGCAGUCCCUUGAGCUGGCGAGCAAUUCGUAUUCAGAGAUCUUGUGAAGAAAAAGAAUCAAACUCCACUUGUUGCGACAUGGGAAUGGCUGCCACGCCCUCUGUUUCAGCUGGGGAAAACAACUGGUGGAAUGAUUUGGAUGAGAAUGAUGAAGAUGUGGACUUAGAGGAGCUAGGAAGGGCACUCGCAGAAGCUGCAACUGUUACUUCCAGCUCGAAGAAACUCAAUAGACAAGAGAAUUCUGAGGAAGUAGCAAAAUUGUCACUUUCAAGGCCAAUAUCAAGACAAGUUGAUGAUUCCAUACCUGUGAUGCCUUGCUUUUAUAUUUAUACCUUGGAAGAGCCUUAUUCGAAGGAUGCCACAUCUGCUUGCUUGAACUAUUCAUCUCUUUCCAUUAAUGUCGACAAUCAUGUACGGGAAGAAGUAUUGGAUGAGGAAUCUUAUGAGUAUGAUCGAGCUCUAAUGGCUGACCGGACUUACUUCAAGUUUAAGAAACGGUUGGAUGCUUAUCCGGAACAAUGUUUAAGAUAUUCAAAUGGAGGGAAGCCACUGUUGGCGACUAAAGAGAUAGGAGAUCCUGGGAGAUGCAAACUCUGUGGUGGCCCAAGACAAUUUGAGAUGCAGCUUAUGCCGCCAUUGUUAUAUUUUCUGCAUGAAGCUGCUGAUGAUUCUCAGAAAGAUGCAUUGGAGAAUUGGAACUGGAUGACAGCAAUUAUAUAUACUUGUUCCAAGAGCUGUUAUGACUCACAAAACGAAGAGUUCCGAAGUGGAGACUGGAUUGUUGCUGAGGAAGCUGUGUUAGUACAAUGUGAGAAAUCAUUGAAGCAAGCUGUACUUGAUUAUAUAUCUCAUUACACGGCCGUGCCAUCGCGUGGCCCCUCUCAUGGAGUAAAUACUGAGUGUCCAGAUUAAAUGAAUUAAUUUUUGUAACAGUAAUGCAUUUUAAUACUGAUUGGGUAAGUUUUGGGAUCUCUCUGAUAUGGGGCCCUCGAUGGUGGUACCGUAAAAGUGAUUAGAAAGAUUUGACCGAAGACAAGAUUGUGGCAGUGUACCUUAGAAAUUCUUAGAAGGAGAUGAAUUGAGCGAUAUAUGUUAAAUACACCUGAUAUAACCAGAAUGUGCGAGAAAGCUCUCUGAAAAGGAAACUCGUUUGCCCA